AUGGCAAAUAAAAUAUUAGAUCCAAUCUUUAGAUUAUACGAUCCGAUUCGUUAUUCAUUUAACAAGAAAAAAGAGGAUUAUAUUAUCAUCUCUCCCACUGUUGGUUCUAAAUCCCAAUUGAAUGAUGGUGGUAGAAUUACUUUCGAAAUAAAUUCAUUAUCGAAUUGGUUGCUUCUUUCCGAUGCUUAUUUCAGAUGCGAUUUCAAAAUCAAAGACGCCAUUCAGAAUCAAGUUCCACAAACAAAUACAACGUUAGAAAACAAUUUCUUUCCAUCUUUAUUUAGCGAGAUGGUUUUGGAAGCUGGUUCAAAUCCGAUAGAAACAAUCAAACAUCCUGGGGAAUUCGACACAAUGUUGCAAACAGUUUUAUAUCCUAAAGAUUUCGAUUCAGUUUCAGGCUGGAUACCCGAUGUUGGUGAUGGAAGUAUUUUAAAGGAACCGGUAAGAAAUAUUGCAAAUGAUGCCGAUUUAGCUAGAGUGAGAGCUGUUGCUCGAAACACAAUAGAAAGAGUAGGACGAGUUGCUAAUCAUGGAUUCGAAAAACGAGUACUUCAGUACAAUAAUGUUGUUGAGAAUAAUAGGUGGGGUAAUUACGUAAAUUGGAAAUUAUAUCCUUUAUUCGGUCUGUUGGAACAUAGAAAAGUUUCCAUAGGCUUACCAUAUAAAAUUCAUCUACAAAGAGAAAUAAACGACGAUAAGAUAUUCUUUGCACCAAAAGUCAAAUACAACAUCGUUUUGACUUCUGAUGGUGUCUUAAAAGAAAAGAAAACGUUUAAAGGUUAUUCUAAUGAUAAGAUAAGUGUAGAAGAUUACGUUCAGUUAGCAAGCGGACAUGAUGUGUCGAACAAAUUUAAUAAACCGUGGGAAAAAAGUUUCACCAAUGGAGUAGUUAUUCCAAAUGAUAAACAAACUAAAGUUUUUAGAAGUUAUUUGAAUAAUGUUAAAAGAAAACCACCAAACAGUGAAAGGAUUAUGUAUCCUUACAACGACAAAGAUGAGUAUAGUUUUGACGAAAACUAUGAAUUUGAUGAUUUCGAUUAUCUUACUAUUCACCGUUGA